AUGGAGAAAGCCAGAAGAGCAUCGCAUGCUGGUUCCUGGUACACCGAUAACCCUAGGAAGUUGUCGGAAGAACUUGAAGGAUGGCUGAGAGAAUCUGGGCUCACUAAAUCUCCUGAUGUCCGAGGUGUCAUUGCUCCGCAUGCAGGUUAUUCAUAUUCAGGUCGUGCUGCUGCCUAUGCAUUUGGCAACAUAGACCCAACAAACAUUACCCGGGUGUUCCUUCUUGGUCCAUCUCACCACUAUUACACUCCAAAGUGUGCUCUUUCAACAGCCACAGUUUACAAGACCCCCAUAGGGGACCUAACUAUCGAUUUGGAAGUAAUUGAGGAGCUAAAAGCAACUGGAAAAUUUGAACUGAUGGAUAUUCGCGUUGAUGAGGCUGAACAUAGCAUGGAAAUGCACUUACCGUAUCUUGCUAAAGUUUUUGAGGGGCACCAAGUUAAAGUUGUACCCAUUCUCGUUGGUGCUCUUAAGGCUGAAAGUGAAGCCAUGUAUGGACAGUUGCUUGGCAAAUAUGUGGAUGAUCCACAAAAUUUCUUCUCGGUGUCGUCAGAUUUUUGUCAUUGGGGGUCUCGAUUUAAUUACACGCACUAUGACAAGAAACAUGGGGCCAUACACAAAUCUAUUGAGGCUUUGGACAGGAUUGGAAUGGAUAUAAUAGAAACUGGAAAUCCAGAUGCAUUCAAAGAGUAUCUGUUGGAGUUUGAUAACACCAUUUGUGGGCGCCACCCAAUUAGUGUUUUUCUGCAUAUGCUGAAGAACUGUUCAACGAGCAUAAAGAUCAAUUUUCUCCGAUAUGAGCAGUCGAGUCAGUGCAAAACUAUGAGGGACAGCAGCGUAAGUUAUGCAUCUGCAGCGGCAAAGGUUGAUGCUUGA